AUGAACAGCUCACACUAAGAGAAUAAUGAUUUAGAGUAAAUAGACUUAUUCUUGGACUCGCCAUAAAUUUAGCCAUCAGGAUCAAUUAAAUUGCUGAAUACUGAUGAGCUGCUUAUUUAAAGGCUUAAGAAGAGCAUACCUAAAUAAUAAUCAAUACAAAUGGUUCACUUAACUAUUGAAGAUGAAGAGCCUCAUUCUAGUUAUUUCGACAACAUGUGGGAAUAUAUACAGAAAUAUGAACAAUUCUUUGAUCAGUCACACUUUACAAUAAAUCCUCUGGAUGGUCUUUACUUUAAACUUCCCAAGGACGAGGGUAUAUUCUCAAGUGAAUAAGAAAAUCUUAAAUACAAAAUACUUUAGGUGUUUACCUAAUCAAUUGGAGAUGGUGAUUAAAAAUUUGUAUUGACUACUAUUAGAGAUUAAUCAAGUUGGCUUGAGAUUGAAAAGUAAAAGAACUUAUCUUAGUUACAAACUAUAGCCUUUGCCUCUGCUGCUCAUGAAUUCAGAAAUCCUUUAAAUGCUAUUAUAUAAUCUUUGCAACUAAUAGAUUCCUCUUCUGAUAGCAAUCAUUCUAGCAAUUCUUCCACUAACAAUCAAAGACAAUAGUACCUUCAGACUGCACUAAAUAGUUCACAAUUGAUGUUAUAUUUAGUGAAUGAUAUCCUUGAUUUCUCGUAGUUUGAAUCAAGAAAACUAAUACUUAAUAUCAGAGAUGUGAAUGCCAAAGAGAUCAUAUAUUAGUGCCAUUAAAUACUCUAGCUUAAAGCUGAAGUUAAGUAAAUAUAAUUUAUUGUGGAGUUUGCUAGCUCAUUUCCUAGAAAAAUUAAGACAGAUCCAAACAGACUUGCUCAGAUAAUGAUCAACUUAAUUUCUAAUUCCAUAAAGUAUACCAAUGAAGGUUUUGUAAAAAUUGUUGGGGAUAUUGAUUCCAAUCAUAAUGUCUAGCUAAAGGUUAUAGAUACAGGAGUCGGUAUGGAUAAAGCUCAAGUGAAAUAGCUAUUCACUCCAUUCACAAAAAUAAUGUCGAACAGACAUCUUAAUAGAGAGGGUGUGGGCUUGGGACUUACGAUCAGCAAAAAUCUAGCUAACGCGUUGGGUGGAGAUAUCUUAGUUGAAUCUUAGGUUAAUAAAGGUUCAAUAUUCAGUGUUAUUCUUCCAGGCUAAGAUAAUGAUAUGAAAAGUUAGUCUGAUUAUUAAUUAGAUGCCAUUGAAUCGAAUGUUAAUAUAAAAACAGAGGAUGAGUCAAUGAUGUCUACAGUAAGAAACGAGAAAGUUAAUCUGUUAGUGAAUAUGGAAAAGAUUAAUUCAACCUGUAAUAUUGAUACUAGAAAUCUGAAUCUUAAAAAAAUAGGUCAACUCAUCUUAGAAAUAAAAUUACUUGAUUAGAUCAAUAUAUAAGGCAUGAUACUCAGUUGUUUACAUGAAGAAAGUGGUUUUGAAAAUAAUGUCUAGAGUAUUGAACCUUAAUUAUCAGGUAAUUUCAGAAGAAUAAGCAGUCAUCAAAAGUUUAAGAAGUUGCCAAAAGCUGUUUCCUUUAAGAAUCUUUAUGAAUCACAACUCAAAUAAGCAUAGUAAAAAAGGCAUAAGACUUGCACUUGCUCCUAAAUUUUACUAGUUGAUGAUGAACCUUAUAAUAUCUUAGCCUUAAAAGGUCUUAUUUCUUAGCUUAAUGUAUAGAAUGUUGAUAAAUGUUAUAAUGGACAGUAAGCUCUGGAGAAAGUUAAAUAGAACUAGAACUAAUGCUCUUUUAAUCACAUACCUUAUUAGCUGAUAUUUUUGGAUAACUAAAUGCCAGUUAUGAAUGGAUUUGAUACAUGUAGAAUUAUGAGAUCAAUGCAAGAGCAAAUGACCAUGUUUUAAGGUACUAAAAUUAUACUUUUGACUGGAGAUGAGAUGAUUCCUAGGAAAGAGGAAUAUUAGAGUUUAUUCGAUUAUACAUUAUUAAAGCCCAUCGAUUCCAAAAUUUUAUAGCAAAUCUUAAAAAAAGCAAAGCUAAUUAGAUGA